GAGUUUCACGUCACAAUUCACAGCUGAAUUUCAAAAGGAGAAGCAUAGUUUUACAUAACUGUUCCUCCAGAGCCUGCUGAUCACAAUGGCAGAUGAUUUGAACUACUCCACAAUUGUGUUCGGUACAUCUAUCCCUGUUGUGCCUAAAGAUGCAGAGACUGAUAACGUUGUGUACUCAGAAAUCAAGAAGACAAAAAAGGAAACACUGCAAAGCACUCCUGUGACACCUGGGAAAAUCUCUCCUGUUUGCGAGGAUGUGGCUUUUCCCAGAUAUACAUCAUACAGAAAGGCUACAGUUGCUCUGGGGCUAUUGUGUAUUCUCUUAUUGGCAGGUUUAACCACUAUGUGUGUCUUAAAUGCCAAGUAUCUUUCAAAAUACACCUCAAUUUUGGCUCUGUACACCAACGAGAGCAUGGCACACAGGAUGUUGCAAGCUGAUAAGGCAACACUGGAGAAAGAGAAAGAGGAAUUAACUGCACAGAGAGAUCAGUUUGAAAACUCCCUGCAGCUAAUCCAACAAUUUACAAAUUUUCCAGUUAGCACAUAUUGUACAUUAACAAAGAACAAUGUUUACUGUGAGCCCUGUAUGAAGGACUGGAUUCAGAAUGGCUCUAGCUGUUACUUAUUUUGGAUGGACUCAGGAUGGCGGACCUGGAAAGACAGUCAAACUUAUUGCGCUAAAAACAAAGGACACCUGGUGGUCAUUGACACUCCAGAGGAACAGGAAUUUAUAAGACAGAACACACCCUUUUACUAUGACGACUAUCAUGGGUACUGGAUUGGACUUUCUAAACAGAACAACUUGUGGAUUUGGUCCACCGGCGCUGAGCUUCAGAACAAUGGGUCAUGGACUCCACCUAAUCAACCCAAAGACAACUGUGUGUUGUCAGUACCUGUAAAAGCAGAUAUAUACAACUGGGUUGUGGAAAGUUGUGGCAUGUAUAACAGAUUUAUCUGUGAGAUGAAAGUGAUGGUAUGGCCGAGUCAAAUGUAGACAGCAAAAACCUCUGGAGGAUUUUUGUUAAUCCAUAUAACAUACUUAACAGAAAGGAAUUUAAAACGUGUUCUGAAAAUGUUUACUUAUCAUUAGAACUGUAGGAGCUGCUGUUAAACUCAGCUAAUAAACGUUGACUAUGGCUUGUGA